GUCUGAGUUACAAUCGAGACAUGUUGAGCUUUCAUCGGUUAAUGCGCGUUUUAUAGAAUGGGGAAAAUUAACCGAUGCAAUCUCAACAUCGAUCUCAUUGUUCUUUUUUUUUUUUCCGGAAAUAUUUGGUUCCCUAAGCAAAUUAUAUGUUUAUCUAACGAGUUUUAUUCUUGGAUACAGAAUGCUGCAUGGACUCCAGUUCCACAGUUCGGAGGGUGGGACCAAAAAGGACCAAAUGAUGCUACAAACUACUCGGUUGUCUUUUCUAAAGCUCGCGCAAACAGGAAGCAGAACAAAGCUGGUGUAAGACAUUCUAGUUUGGGAAGCGAACAAGAACUCAUGGUAAGUGUUCGUCGCAACCACCAACAACUUCACCAUCGCCAUGAAACUCAAGACGAUGACCCUGUCAUGAAGAAGAAGAGGAUCUUGACCUACAUUAAUUGUUGUAUAAGGCCAAACUAGGGCUUUGUUCUUCUACAAAGUCGGAAUCUUUCUCUCUUCAGCGAUAUAGCAAAUAUGUCUCAAGUGUGUAAAGACAGUAGUGUAACGUUUCUGUAAUCUUCUUUAUCACACACAAAAAAAAAAAACGUUCUGUUCUAUGUGCAUCAUCUAUUAAGAUACCCCUGGUUGUGUUGUGUUGUGAUACAUUUUGACUUCUUCCUACAUCAUACGAGAACAAAAUAAAACAUGACUUAACC